GUACAAAUAUUCUUGGCAAUCUUGUGUCUAUUUCGCUUUCUGAGAAUGAUAUUUCUGGGUUCUCCUAUCUCUAUUAUCAUUUCAAAGUUAAGCCACAAAUGAGUUACAAAAUUAAUUUUCUUCUUUAGAGAUUAAAAACAUUCAUUGAUCACUCUCUAUUCGUUAUUACAUUUGGAAAUGGUGUUGCAGUGGCGAUCAUACACCAUCUGUACACACAUAUUUAGUUUGUCUAAAUACUACGUUGACAUUAUCACUUAACAACAAAAUAAACUAAACACUAGCCGGCUUUAAUAUUUUAAAAAUAAACAACUGUAUUUGAUUCUCCCUUAUCUCGCUCAGCUUGUGGUGGUCGAUGAUUGGCGAAAAUUUUCCAAAAAAAAAAAAGAGAGAUACGACGACGAAAUGAGAUAAACUCUAAAUUUCAAGCAGUCCGAAUGAUCCUCGAUAACUACUUAAGAGCUGCUGCUGGUGUCCGAUGGUUGUUAGUAUUCAAAAGAUAUUCGUAGAAGAAACACACAAAAAGUAGGAGAAGAAAAACGAAACGGAACGGAAUGGCGGCUAACCUGGGAGGAACUGUUUACAAUGCAGCGGAGAAAAUCUGGUGUGGACCGAAAUGCAAAGAAAUCUAUAGCCGUGACAUGACUGUGGGCGAGGCCAUUGUAAUGCAAUUGCGUAGAACUCCCCAGAAAGUGAUACAAAUUAUCGAGUCUACCGGGGAGACGCUGACGGCUCAAGAAUUUCUAAAUUACAGUAUGGCAUUGGCGAAAAAUAUUCUCGAAAUGGGCGUAGACGCCGGGGAUAUUGUGGGCGUCUAUGCCAAACAUUCGCUGCAUUUGGGCACAGUUAUGUUGGCGGCCUUUUUGUGUGGCACUCCGGUGCAUGGAGUGUUUCAUGGUUUUGAAAAAGAUACCAUAACAAAACUCUAUGAAACCACCAGGCCAAAGCUUAUCUUCUGCGAUGAGGAAAACUAUAAUAAGGUGCUUUAUGUAAUGGAGACGUUGAAAUUAAAUGCCAAAAUUGUGUUGAUGACUGGUAGUUUAAAGGGUAUCUUAAAUAUCAAGGAUUUGGUGACUUAUCGUAAGGAUAUUGGUGAUAUUUCAAGUUUUCCCUGCACCAAAUUGUCCAGUGCUGACACGGCAGCCAUAUUGUGUUCAUCUGGUACAACGGGCACACCAAAGGGAGUGAUGUGCUCACAUCAAUCAAUGCUGCACAAUCUUCUAUAUCUCACCGCCACCAUGGACUCGGUAUUGAUGUGUUUCAGUACCAUGUACUGGGCAUCGGGUGUUAUGAAUCUGGUACAAAGUUUAUUAUAUUCAACGCUGCGCAUCGUUCCCGAUCGUGCAUAUAGUCCGGAAUAUUUUCUCGAAUUAGUGGAACGUUACAAGGUUACUCACAUCUUUGCAACUGGAGCCCAAAUGGCAGAUUUAGUUUUGAAUACGGAUAAAGAGAAAGCCCGAUCUGCCCUCAAAUCUAUUGAUACCUUGAUGGCUGGCGGUGCCAAAGUUCCACAGGCCAUACAAGAACAAAUGUUUGAAAUCCUCGGUGAUAAUACCAAGCGUCCCGGUUUCACAAUUGGUUAUGGUUUAUCCGAGAUAAUGGGUGGUGUUAGCCUCAAUGGUGGUUAUCCGUUUGAGUUUAAGCCAGAUUCGGAGGGUAAAUUAUGGAUCAACAGAGAGGCAUGUAUUGUGGGUGAGAAUGGCCAACGUUUGGGUCCCAAUGAAACGGGAGAAGUUUAUGUUCACAGCCCCUAUACAUGGUUGGGUUAUUACAAAAAUCCCGAAGCUACAGACCAAGCCAAGCACGGUAAGUGGAUAAGGACUGGAGAUGUGGGUUACUUUGACAACGAGGGCUUUCUACAUUUGAUUGGACGUGCCAAAGAAAUGUUCAAAUGGAAGAAUUUCCAAAUAUGUCCCCAGCCCAUAGAAGAGGUACUACAGCGCAUACCCGGAGUAGCCGAAGUCUGUGUAUUUCCCAUUCCCGAUCUGGUGGCUGAAAAUUUGGCAGCCUGUGCCAUUGUAAGGACCAAGGAUGUCGAAGGCAAUCAACUGACCGCCCAAAUGGUGAAUGAGGUCAUCGAAAGGGAAAUGGACAGUUUCUAUCAUCUACGUGGUGGGGUCUAUUUUGUGGACGCUCUGCCGCGCACCGACACCGGCAAAGUACAACGGCUGAAAAUGUCUCAAAUUAUUGGAGAAAUUGAUAGAUAAAUGGCAUACUACUUAGUUUAUAAAUUUAAUAGAAUAACUGAUUAUAUUUUAAGUAACUAUGAAAAUAUUCGAUAAGAUCGUUAUUAUGAAACAGAUAUAUUUGUAUUGGUUGUCUAUUUUUAUUUUUUGAAGUUCCCAUUGUUACCAGGCCGAUGCAAAUGAAUUAUGAGGAGUUCCUCAUUAUGAUAACACUUCAAGGGUUGCGAUAAGAACUCUUGGUGAGACAUGUGAAUUGAGAGUAAUCACAGCGUCUGAAGUUUAUUUUUCGAGUGGCAAAAGGCCGAAUGUUAUCAGACCACAUAUGCAUAUUAUUAGUUUGAAAGUGGAAAGCACUUAUGAAAAAGAGAACUAAUUUUAUUGAAAAAAUAA